AGAGAACGUAACGUACGUUCUCUGGCGAUUCGUGAAUGGCAGUCAUUUUUUUCCCCUGAUGGCAGAAUUUUCUUAGGACCGAGAAAGAGUUUGUUUACUAAAAAUGAAGCGUAUCAGUGAUAAGAAACUGGAGGCUUUUGCCGUUGGUAAUAUGGGCAAACGGACAUUGUCCAAAAAGGAACUAGAGGAGCAGAAGAAGAAAGAGGAUGAGGCUGCCGCGGCUCAUGUGUUUAAAGAGUUCGUGGAGACUUUUCAAGAAGCUCCUAGUGCCUCGUCAAAAGUUUGGGUGAAAGCCGGUACCUACGAUGCCGGAUCAAGGCGCGAGGAUAAUCGGGAAAAGGGUAAAUUAUACAAGCCAAGUUCCAAGUUGGACGAGAAAAGUGCUGCAGAAAAAGCGCAAGAAUAUGCAAAAAUGCUGGCCUCGGAUCUUAAAAAAGAUUCUGUUCCGUUGAAGAAAAAAAGUCAAGAAAAGAAGAAAAGCAAUUUGGAACUGUUUAAAGAAGAACUGAGACAAAUACAAGAGGAGCGUGAAGAGCGUCAUAAAUAUAAACAUUUAGCUGGCCAAGUUGUAGCGCAACAGGUGGUGGAACCGGUACCCGAAAUACGCGAGUGCGGUUCUUUCGAUACAGGAGACCCUAACACGACUAACCUCUAUUUGGGAAAUCUCAGCCCUAAGAUCUCAGAGCAACAACUUAUGGAAAUUUUCGGUCGAUAUGGUCCACUUGCCAGUAUAAAAAUCAUGUGGCCACGGUCUGAAGAGGAGAAGCAACGUGGGCGCAAUUGUGGUUUUGUUGCCUACAUGAGUCGCAAAGAUGCGGAAAGAGCGCUUAGAACACUAAAUGGGCGAUAUAUCAUGGGCUAUGAAAUGCGUUUGGGUUGGGGUAAAUCCGUACCGAUAAUGAAUCAACCUAUUUUCAUACCUCCCACACUUUUGGAGCUUACAUUACCACCGCCUCCAUCCGGAUUGCCUUUUAAUGCUCAACCACCACCAGCUGAAGCACAAAAUUUGCCAAGAAUAAACUAUAAAGAGUACACAACAGAAGAAGAGAAGGAGAAUAUGGAAAAAAUUCUUUACCAUUCCCUGGUGAAAGUAUUCAUUCCAACUGAAAAAGCCGUACUAAAUAUAAUCCAUCGCAUGAUUGAAUUUGUCAUACGUGAAGGUCCCAUGUUUGAAGCAUUGAUAAUGAGUAGAGAAAUGGAAAAUCCCUUGUUUUCAUUCUUAUUUGACAAUGAAAGUCCCGCGCAUAUAUAUUACCGCUGGAAGCUAUUCUCUCUACUACAAGGAGAUACACCUACAGAAUGGAACGAAAAAGAAUUUCGAAUGUUCAAAGGCGGACCUAUUUGGAAGCCGCCUAUAGCGAACUUCUACACUAUGGGCAUGUCUGACGACCUAGUUGUUGAUCCGGAUGCAACGGCUGUUCACAAGGGUGCUCUUUCAAAUGCUCAACGCGAUCGCCUGGAAGAUCUCUUGCGUCAUAUUACCCCGGAACGCUCACGCAUAGGUGAUGCAAUGAUUUUUUGUAUCGAACAUGCAGAUGCUGCUGAUGAAAUUUGCGAAUGUAUCUCCGAAUCAUUGUCCAAUCCAGACACAUUACCUUCAAAGAAGAUUGCGCGUCUCUAUCUAAUUUCAGAUUUGCUACAUAACUGCACCGUUAAAGUCUCGAAUGCUUCGUUCUUUAGGAAAUCAAUCGAAAAACAUUUAAUGGAAGUGUUCGAAAAUAUGCACAAUUUUUUUAAUUCAAUGGAAAGUCGGUUGAAGGCCGAGGGUUUAAAAUCCCGUGUUAUCAAUGUAAUACGCGUUUGGGAAGAAUGGACAAUAUAUCCCAAAGAAUUCCUGGCAAAAUUGAAGGGUGUGUUUUUGGGAAAACAGAUUCCACCAUCUCCUCCGCCAGUCGAGGAACCUAUCGAGGAAGCCCACGAAGAUAUAGAUGGAGCUCCAAUAUCUGGCGAUGAGAAAGACGAUGAAGAUUUAGAUGGUGUACCUUUGGAUGGCGCAGCUUUGUUGAAGAGCGCAUUAAUGCGCGGCCUGCCUGAGGCAAUGUCCAUACAAAAAAGCACGCCAACACGGCGGACACUAGGAAUCGAUGAGGAAGAUGAUGAUAUUGAUGGUGUACCAUUGGAGGAAGACAUCGAUGGCAUACCAUUGGAAAAACUGCCAACUGAGUUCAGUGAUACCCAGUCAAAAGCCAAUGCCAAAGGCGGUGCAUUCAUACCAUCGAAGUGGGAAACAGUUGAUCCAGAACAGGUUGAGGCACAGGCUAUAACCACUAGCAAAUGGGAUACACUGGAUCCCCCACAGGCGCCAAAGUUCUACGACUCUAGCGAUGAUGAGCAGAAUACCAAUGCUACACAAAAUUAUGAUGAUGACAAACGUACGAAAUUACGUGAAAUUGAAGUGAAAACAAUGCAAUAUCAAGACGAAUUAGAAGCAGGCAUGCGACAACUUAAGUCAGGCUGGACCAUAAGUGAGCAAGUGGAGCACUUUAGACGUAAGCUCUUGAAGAAGGAUACGGAAACAACCGAUUCGCCGCUUUCUUUCAUAAAUCCAAAGGACUCUCGUAGAGGCAGUGAAUCUCCGGACAGCACAAGUAAACGCACACGUCGUCUUAAAAGAUCGCCAUCGCCAAUACAAUAUCAUAGCAGUAGCUCGCGUUCUUCGCCAGCUCGCUCGAGUUGUAAACGAUCACGUUCCCCAUACGUCACAAGACGCGAAGUUUCGCCAUCGCCCACUCCUACUCGCAGUGCUAAAUCUUCAAGACGCCAUCGAUCGCGUUCUCUCUCUGACUCGCCAAAACGGUACGCAGAACGUACACCGUAUCUGGCGAAAUCCUCUCGAUAUGAAAAUUCACCACGUCCACGUAGAUCACCAUCCCCAGUUUAUUCUACGUCAUCGCGUUCAUCGAAACGCGAUGACAGAGAUCGCGAACAUCGCAGCGAGAAGCAUAAAAGUAGACAUAAGCAUUAAAUUAUGUUGAUCUAUUAUAGUAUGCAACCCCAACUGUAUACAACAUAAAAUAUCCGAUAAUACUUAAAAAAAAAAAUACAAAAUUUAUUCAAUCAAACUUAUGCGUAUUUAGCGUGAUCCAUAGCUUAGUAAGGAUUUUGUAUGCUUGCAUGCUUUGAUUUUUAUGGAAUUCAGUUUAAGUGGAUAUAAACUAAGAAAGAGGAAAAAAAUACACGAAAGCCUAUUAUACA